GGGUGUCAGUGUCUCAUCUCUGCAGCGGUGGAGGAGCAGAGAGGUGAAAGUUCGUAGCUGAGCAGCCGUGCUGGAAAACCCCAAACCACGACUUGAGAGAGAGAAAUAAUGGGUGAAAAUGAAGAUUUUGCCUGUUCUUUACCAGACAGCAAGGCUGCAUACGUCCUCAGUAAUGUUGCUGAAGUGGUUGAACGCAUCCUGACCUUCGUACCGACCAAGUCUCUCCUCCGGAUCGCCAGUGUGUGCAGACUGUGGAGAAACUGUGCCCGCAGAGUGCUGAGGACUCAGCAGCAGCUGACCUGGGUGUCAGCCUCUGGAGCAUCCAACACAGACUUCCAUGUCCUCUGCAGCAUCCUGGCUGAAGAGGUGGAGAAAGUGUUUCUCCUGCCCAAAACCGUUCUGGCAUUUGUAGACUAUGAGAACUUCAAUGGACGAGCUUAUUGCUACAGACAGAAUAAAGCAAAAAAGAGUCGCCACAGUCCAGACACGAUUGAAGAACUCGACACGCUCUUCCCCAAAGGCUGUGACAUCAUGGGCGUCACCACACCAGGCAUAGUCUUGACUCCCAGUGGUUCCGGCUCCAGCCUUCCUGAGGAGUACCAGGAGGGGGAGGCUGGCUUUGCCAUCAUGCUCCCGAGCGUAGAAGGUGUCCGCAUCAAACCCUUUCAUUUUUGCAAGAAGUCCAUUUCCCCAACAGCCCUGAAAGAAGCAGGACUAGUUGACAACCCAGAGCUGCGUGUGGUACUGAUAUUUGUCUAUCAGGCAUAUAAAACUGGAGGAGUACACUUCCUCAGCCAGAUACUGGAGCCGCUGGCCAAGAGCAAAGCUCUCAUCGCUGGAGGGCUGGUAGAAAGUGUCUUCUCUCCUCCCAGACACUGCUGUAGCCAGGGAUCAUACGGUGUGGUGGGUCUGGCCCUGAGUGGCCCUAAGGUGCAGGGGGCAUCUGUGCUCUUGGACCAAGACAUCAGCAACCCAAAGGCGGCUGAGGCCACGAUCCGGCGGCUAAAGGCGGCCAAAAUUCCCGAGAGGAACACCCUAGGGUUCAUGUUCGCCUGCGUGGGGAGAGGCCAGAACUACUACAACCAGUCCAACGUAGAGGCCGACGCCUUUCGCAAGGUGUUCCCCAACACCCCGCUCUUCGGCCUGUUUGGCAACGGCGAGAUUGGCUGCGACAGAAUCGUUAAAGAAGACUACACGCUGUGCGACACUGACACGGACAGUCUGCAGCACGAGUAUACUACAGUCAUGACCCUGGUCCAUCUGGGCUGACCGACUGACCCACAGUGACAAUGAACAAACGGGUGAAAACAGACGACCCAUCAUGCUCCGGUUUGCAAAAGCAGUCGGGAACAAGAAACAUUUUGUACAGAGCGUUACUCACAUUACGACUCAGAAUAUUGCUGUCACCAUUUCUGCUCAUAAAGCAGGAAAUGUAUCCCUUUA